AAGUGUUCCGCUAUGGCGGCGCCCUGGCGGCGGUGGGUCAGCGGGCUGUUGUCUGUACUGCCGUCCCACCCUGUGUACCGGCCUUUGCAAAAUGGGGUCCCACGGGAUGUGCUGCUCUUCCAGCAUGAACGGGGCCGCUUCUUUGCCAUCCUUGGACUGUUUUGCGCCGGCCAGGGCAUCUUCUGGACCUCCCUGGCUAUUGCAGCCUUGUCCCGACCUCUGAUCCGGGUUCCUGCCGAGGCUCCAAACCGGGGCUCCACGGACCUGCGCUCUGCACUCUGGCGCUACGGGCUAGCUGUUGGUUGCGGCACGAUGGGAGCCUUGGUCCUUGGUGCUGGUCUUCUCUACUCUGUCCGAUCUGUGCGUUCGGUCAUGCUCCUUGCAGGAGGGCAGCAGGUGAUGCUUACCACUUAUGCCCCCUUUGGCUUGGGAACCCGUUUCACAGUUCCUUUGAACCAGGUUUCCUGUAUGGCCCACAGAGCUGAAGUUCCUGCCAUGUUGCCUCUGAAGAUCAAAGGCCGACGCUUCUACUUCCUUUUGGACAAAGCUGGACAUUUCCCCAACACUCAACUCUUUGACAACACUGUGGGUGCCUAUCGGAGCCUGUGAAAUGUGACUUGCCCUCUCAGAGGAGGAUGCAAACCCUAGGGAUGAAGAGACAACCCAGAGCAAUGAAAAGGCCCCAGGAUUCACUAACAGCCAAUAAAUCUGUGUUCUAAAGGGCCGGCUGCUCUUAAGCCAUCA